AUGGGCCCCUUCACGGCCCCUUCACGGCCCCCUCGCGGCCCCCUCGCGGCUCCCUUCGCGGCCCCUUCGCGGCCCCGCCCCGUCGCCAGACGCGACCCCGCCCUGUCGCCAGUUGCGGCCCCGACGCUUCGCCCCUGCGGGACCCGCGAGGCGCGGCUCCUGUGCAUCGCGACGCCCCUGCGGGACCCGCCAGCCGCCCCUGGAGCGGCCGCCACUGCAGCAGCCGCCCCUGGAGCAGCCGCCACUGCAGCAGCCGCCCCUAGAGCAGCCGCCACUGCAGCAGCCGCCCCUGGAGCAGCCGCCCGUGCAGCAGCCACCCCUGGAGCAGCCGCCACUGCAGCAGCCGCCCCUGGAGCAGCCUCCCCUGCAGCAACCGCCCCUGGAGCAGCCGCCCCUGAAGCAGCGGCCCCUGGAGCAGCCACCCCUGCAGGAGCCGCCCCUCGAGCAGCCGCCCCUGCAGCAGCCGCCCCUGGAGCAGCCGCCCCUGGAGCAGCCUCCCCUGCAGCAGCCGCCCCAGGAGCAGCCGCCCCUGAAGCAGCCGCCCCUGGAGCAGCCGCCCCUGAAGCAGCCGCCCCUGGAGCAGCCGCCCCUGCAGCAGCCGCCCCUGGAGCAGCCGCCACUACAGCAGCCGCCCCUGCAGCAGCCGCCACUGCAGCAGCCGCCCCUGGAGCAGCCGCCACUGCAGCAGCCGCCCCUGCAGCAGCCGCCCCUGGAGCAGCCGCCCCUGCAGCAGCCGCCCCUGGAGCAGCCUCCACUGCAGCAGCCGCCCCUAGUGCAGCCUCCCCUCCAGCAGCAGCCCCUGGAGCAGCCGCCCCUCAAGCAGCCGCCCCUGGAGCAGCCACCCCUGCAGCAGCCGCCCCUGGAGCAGCCGCCCCUACAGUAGCCGCCCCUGGAGCAACCACCCCUGCAGCUGCCGCCCCUGGAGCAGCCGCCCCUGCAACAGCCGCCCCUGGAGCAGCCGCCACUGCAGCAGCCACCCCUGGAGUAGCCACCCCUUCAGCGGCCGCCCCUGGAGCAGCCGCCCUUGCAGUAGCCGCCCCUGGAGCAGCCGCCCUUGGAGCAGCCGCCCCUGCAUUUGCCGCGGAGCCCUUGCCCUACAGUGGUAGCGGCCUCGCCGUUGCCGCCGUCGUACGCCUGCUCUUCUCGCCGCUGCUUUGUGAGUGGUACGCUAGUUGGGUUUAUAGGGGUGGCCGCGCUGCGACUACUGCUAUUGCUACUGCUGCUACCACUGCUCCUGCUUCUCCUGGCGAUGGCCAGAUGCAGCUCCAGCGACGUCCUCGUGAGUCCCUCACGCCCCAGCAGCUUUGUGAGUGGUACGCUACUUGGGGUUGUCGGGGUGGCCGUAGUGGGAGUCGUCCUGGAGUGAGUAGUUCGGCAGCUGCUUGUAGUGGCCAGGUGCAGCUGCAGCGUCGUCCGUGCGCGGUCCUUUCGCCCCACCAGCUUCGUGAGUGGUACGCUCAGCGUGGCAGGUCACGGGGUACUGCUCGCUCUCCGUACAUCAUUCGCACUGGUACUCGGACUGGUCAGCCUUGCGGGACGUUUGGUCACGCAGAGUCCCGCUACUUUGCCCGUCUGAGCGAUGCCUGGCGUACGGAGUUUGGCGACGCGGCUGAGCUCCCCGACUGGGUGGAUCUGCUUAGGUUGCGGGUAGAUAUCUACACUCUUGACUAUGAUGCUAUCCUCACUGCCAUGCAUGCAUUGCCUACUAGUGAUGAGGGUGACCCUUACCUGUGUGUUCCGCCUGACCCAGGCAUUGAGGCUGCUGCUCUAGGUGCUGGUGAGGCUGCUGCUCUAGGUGCUAGUGCGUCUACUGCCCCAAGUGCUGGUGAGUCUGCUCUCUUAGGUACCACGUCGGCUCAAGUCUUACACACCUUCACCCUUGACUCGGGUGCUUCCCGCUCCUUCUUUCGAGACCGCACCACGCUUACGCCGCUUAGUCGGCCAGUUGCGGUCUCCCUGGCGGACCCCUCUGGGGGUCCUGUCCUUGCCCACUUCCCCACUGUCUUGCCGUGUCCAGCAGCCCCCUCUAGCACCCUGUAA